CAUUCCUCGACCGGGCCCAAAGGGAAACAAUUCAAGUGGAUUGUGUGGCCGUUUGUUGGGCCGGGCUAAGUGGCGCGAUUGUGUGCUAUCGGCGGGUGAGCGUGAGCCCAUUAGCAUUGCAAAUCGGCACCGCUCUCCGUUCUGAUCCCUGGCAAAAGAGCACCGGACGUGUUUUUAUACGCGAUUGUUUUCCAAUGCGUCCGUUUUGGCGCAUCACUCCAGGCCCCCUCGCGUGAUGUCGCACUUUUGCGGCGCCCUCGUAGGCGGACGCUGGCGUCACGUGACACGCGGUGCCAGGUCCAGAGGGGGGCACCGGGGGGCCCCUCGUCUCUCUCCGUGUCAGUCCGCUUGUCAUCGCCGCCUCGUAUGCCGCUCACGCCUCCCGCUGAGCCCGGUAACAACGCUCAUGUUUAUUUUUCCGGAUCUCGAUGAUGAUUUUGUUUCGAUUAAGUGUUUCAUUUUUUAAUUUUAAAGCCGAUAUGUGGACAGUUCUUCGAGGAGGGCGCGAGAAACUCGACCGCUCAAGUGUUGUCAGUUGUCGCUUGGGGACGAACGCUUCAAAGCGAAGACAUUUUCAGUUCAUGUAGCUUUGACCUCGUCAAUUUCAUCCAUUUUCUUCUUUUUUGUGUACAUCAUAGAUAGAUGCAUAGAUCAAGAUAGAGCCUGGAUCUUCUUUCUAUGCCAGCAACUUAUAUCGACGGGCAGAAAAAUGAAAUGUUCCGCCAUCCGCACGGUACCAGAAACAGGCUGGAGUCGUGCGAACGAAUCAGCUUUCGACCCGGAGCAAAAGAUGAGCUGGGCCUCGUUCUACGCGCUCAUCAGCGGCGUCAACAGACACUCGACGGGAAUCGGUCGCGUUUGGAUCUCCCUGCUGUUCAUUUUGCGCAUCCUGGUGCUGGCGGUGGCGGCCGAGAGCGCCUGGGGCGACGAGAAGUCGGCCUUCGCUUGCAACACCCAGCAGCCGGGCUGCGACAGCGUGUGCUACGACCACUUCUUCCCGGUCUCUCACGUCCGCCUGUGGGCCCUGCAGCUCGUCCUGGUCUCCGCUCCCGCCCUGCUCGUCGCCACGCACGUGGCCCACCGGCGCCGCGCCGCCCGCCGCCUCUGCGAGCUGUCGGGCAAGAGCAACCCCAAGGACCCGGAGCAGAUUCGGCGCCAGAAGACGGAAAUCACCGGUGCCCUCUGGUGGACGUACGUCAUUAGCCUGUUGUUGCGGGUGGCGCUGGAGGUGACCUUCCUGUACGUCUUCUACGCGAUCUACCCCGGAUUCAAGAUGAUCCGCCUGGUCAAGUGCGACUCGUACCCGUGCCCCAACACGGUGGACUGCUUCGUGUCCCGGCCCACCGAGAAAACCGUCUUCACCGUCUUCAUGCUGGCCGCCUCGGGCGUCUGCGUGCUGCUCAACGUGGCCGAAGUCGUCUUCUUGGUGGCCAAGGCCCGCGGCGGGCACGGGGCCGACGCCACCGCCGGGGCUUGGCUCCAGCACAAGCUCGUCGUGGGCAAAUGGAGCUAACGCUGCAGCUAACGGGCAAGUGAAUAUUUCAUACGCACCAAAGCGGUGGGUCGGCUCAGCGGCUUCACGAGGCCUAUUGUGGAGGGGGUCGGGUGGGAGUCCUCCCCUUCCACUAUCAUUUUGUUGUCAAUCUUUGGCGCAUUCAGUCCCCCGAAACAAUUUUGUAGGUAAUAAAAAAAAAUAUUGGCGAUUCACCCCACCCCAGCCCCCCUUUGUCAAGAUUUGGGUGGGGGGGGGAUUUAAAAAAAAAAGAAAAAUACCCCGACCCCAUAAAUCGUGGCCCCCCCCCACUAUACUACGCCGACAAUGCACGUGUGCAUUCUUAAAUCAGCCUUGGGAAACGUUUUCAACUGAAGGCCCAAAUUCAUAAAAGAAAAGUCCAAACAAGCACACAUAAAUCCAAGGAUGAAUUAAAAAUCUCCGCUCAAAACGUUACAGAUUGUUCAAUUGAAUUGAGUUUUGCCUCUUAGUUCUUGUGCGUUGCAUUGCUCGUUUUGUGUGUCGUUCGGUACACGAGGUGGAUUUUGUUCCGAGGGUGAAAUGAACCGCAAGACAGCCGCCAAGUGGACCAGGACGUUUUUUACGUUUUUACGAGCGACGCGCUUGGGAUCAUUUUGACCGCUGCAGAUGGUGACGCCAUCGGGUCAUCGUUAAAAAGUCGCCUCAGCCCUGUUCAAAUGCUCAAGAUAAAUCAUUUCAAAAUCCACCAUCAAUGUAUACAUUGAUUUUGUUGUCAUUGUUCAGCUUUCCAGCAGAACCCUCAAUUAAAUCAAUCUUUAUCCUCA